AUGGCUGUCAACCCUUCAGUUUCCGAGCCGGAUGGCAGCUCUUUUUCAGCGUUCCAAAACCGGGCAGCUUCCAUGUCUUCCGCAUCAUCGCCUAGCUCUCAGGCACAAAGCACAACCCCCGCUGCUGGUGUUGCAGAUGCGGAGAAGAGCACACCUCCUGAUAUGAGCAAUGACGGACGCUCGCGAGAAUCAACUGUGCCCGCCGCUUGCCUGGCAUGCAAUGAAUGUGUCUAUGUUGCUUCCAGGAGAGGAUACAAAGGCCCUCGUCGUGGCACAGUUCAGAACCCCAACAAGAGACAGGCCACGUCGCCUCCUGACCUAAGCCCAAGCAGUUCAGAUUGUCCAAUGCUACUCGGAGCACGAACCGGGUCGGCUAAUAUGCCCACGGUUAUGGGCAGCACGUUUGGUCCGCCGGGUAUUCCUGCGCAAGAUACCCAGGCCACUCAAUUCCCCCAGGCGCAGCCGCCUACUAACAUGCAGCUGUACAAGUCUUAUUGUGCAGUUAAUGGAAUAGAACCUUCGCCGUGGGCAGCAAACCAGAACGGAAGUCGACUUACUAUGCACAUCUCUGUUCCUACCACAGAGGAACGAUGCUUCGAUUCGUUCUACCACCACUUUCAUGCCUCUCAUCCGUUCGUCCUGCCCCCGAACUUCCUUUCGCACAUAUCGAAGGAGGCCCCUUUGAAACCAGUAUUAGCAGCAAUGAGAUGGAUCGGGUCUAUUUUCCUCGAUGUUGGCAGCCCUACUCGAGAACGACUGUUUAAUGAAGCAUUCAGCCUCAUAUGCGGCCCCAAUCGGUCCAAGGACGGGUUUCUGGUUCAAGCUAUGAUGCUCCUCAUUGUUGGUCUUGACGGAAGUUGUCAGCAGGACAGGGCAAGGAGUAUUUUGAGCGAAACGGAGACCUUGGCGCUGGAACUGGGACUGAACACGCGAGAAUUCGCUGCAAACCACGGGCGUGGCAUUCCCGUACUGGAGGAAAGCUGGCGACGCACUUGGUGGGACUUAUUUGUCAUUGACGGAAUGGUUGCUGGCGUCCACCGUGCAACUAAUUUUCUCCUGUUUGAUGUCCCGGCUAGAGCCGCACUACCCUGCGAAGAAGACCAAUAUAUGUCCGGCCGAAUACCUAUCCCUCUGUACUUGGACGACCUUGAAGAUCAAGACUUUUCCGGAGAAGACCGCGAAUUUUCAUCCUUCGCAUAUCGAGUACUGUGUGCUCGGAAUUUAGGAAAAUUGAUGCGAGUCCCUCCUAUCUUUGGACCGGAAGACGAAAAUCUGGGAAAGAUCGAAACACUUCUCACAAACUGGCGGCUUCAUCUGCCGCAGUCGAAACGAGACGCUUUGCAAAAGAAUGGACAGCUGGACGAAAUGAUGUUUCAGGCACACAUGAUGAAUCAAGCUACUUCCAUCAUGCUUCAUCAGCCACACUCUCAACUGGACUCAUCUCCAACCCAGGAUAUCAACUCAUGUGCUCCUCAUCAGGCUAUCCCUGCCGGCGACUUAUUCAAUUCACAUACCAGACAUACUAUCGAAUCUGCCAACAGCAUCAGUACAAUGAUAACCCACCGCGUAUCGUUGCUUUCGCAUACUCACUUUUUCACAUGCGUUAUCACGCUGUCGUCGAUCGUCCAUCUGAGCAGGUGGGCUUUGUUCUUCAUACCUCACGACGACGACGACCUUCGGCAGCAAAUUCGCCUAAAUAUUGGGGCACUGAACCGCCUCUCUGAGGUCUGGGGGGCCGCUGACCGUGCCCGUGGACAGGUCAAGGCGGUAGCACAGGAAAUUUACAAGGUGAAGAAGCAGCAGCGGUCUAAUUCACAGUUCUGGCUGGGACUUUCCCAGGAGGAAAUGCUGAACACGAUUGCCACAGACGAUUCGAUUAUCAACGAAAUUGAAAAUUUCGAGCCAAUACCCAAUCUCCUGGGGUGA